UAAGGAACGGCGCCCGGACUAGCGCGGGAACGUGGGUGCCGGAGUCCCGCCCUCCCCUCCGGCAGGUGCACAGAAGCUCUUGAAAAGUACAACAAGUUGAAAGUGAACCAGCUUGCUCUCGGGCAGGACCAGAGCCAUGAGCAAUAACGGAACAGACCUCACUACUGGUUUCAUCUCCUCUAUUGCAGCCAUCCUUUUGUUUGGCUCAAACUUUGUACCACUUAAAAAAUAUGAGACUGGCGAUGGAAUGUUUCUCCAGUGGGUACUUUGUGCUGCCAUAUGGUUCGUUGCCUUGGUGGUCAAUCUGAUAUUACAUUGCCCUAAGUUUUGGCCUUUUGCAAUGGUUGGGGGCUGCAUUUGGGCAACAGGAAACAUUGCAGUUGUCCCAAUUAUCAAAACCAUUGGUUUGGGCCUUGGAAUCUUAAUCUGGGGAUCAUUUAAUACCUUAAUCGGCUGGGCAAGCUCAAGGUUUGGCUGGUUUGGAAUGGACGCAGAAGAAGUGUCAAAACCACUGCUCAAUUACAUCGGAGCCGGGCUGUCAGUAGUAAGUGCUUUCAUAUUUUUGUUCAUCAAAAGCAAAAUACCAAAUAACACAUAUUCUGUGGACACCACACCAUUAAUAACAGAGCAUGUGAUUAACAAAACUCAAGAUCCCGAUCCUGAUUAUUCCUGGGUGGAUAAACUUUCUACAGUGCAAAACCGCUUAGUGGGCUGCAGUCUCGCGGUAAUAUCUGGAAUACUCUAUGGAUCUACAUUUGUGCCAAUCAUUUACAUCAAGGACCACAGCAAGAGAAAUGAUAGUAUAUAUGCAGGGGCAAGUCAGAAUGAUUUAGACUACGUUUUUGCACACUUCAGUGGCAUCUUCCUCGCAAGUACAGUCUACUUUCUGGCCUACUGUAUAGCUAUGAAAAAUAAUCCUAAACUAUAUCCCAAGGCAGUCUUGCCAGGAUUCCUGUCUGGAAUACUCUGGGCCAUUGCUACCUGCUGUUGGUUCAUAGCGAACCACUCCCUCAGCGCUGUGGUCAGUUUUCCAAUCAUCACUGCUGGUCCAGGAUUUAUAGCUGCAAUGUGGGGUGUCUUCAUGUUUAAGGAAAUACAGGGUCGACAGAACUACCUGCUGAUGAUACUUGCAUUUUCCAUCAUCUUGGCUGGAGCCUUAUGCACAGCUUUUUCUAAAAUCUAACAACCACAAGGCCAGCAGAUGGCAGCAGUGCUUGAGAACACGCCUCUCCUGGACACACAGACUGUGCUGAGAACAGGGUUCAUGUUCAUACGGCAAAUGGAUCUCCAUCCAUCCUGGAUUAGGGUAGAUGAUUUUUUUUUCCCCACAAAUGUGAGAAUGAAGGAAAACACUUUCAGUCGAGCAUAAAGAUGAGAAAUUCUUCUAAUGAACUAAUUUAUGAAGCAUUACAUCUAAGGAUGCUGCUUUAACCACAAUACGUAUUUACUGGU